AUGGUUGAAUUAUCUGAUUUUCAACGUCAGGAAAAAGUAGGAGAAGGUACAUAUGGGGUUGUUUAUAAAGCAUUAGAUACAAAACAUAACAAUAGAGUAGUUGCAUUGAAAAAAAUUAGAUUAGAAUCAGAAGAUGAAGGAGUACCAAGUACAGCAAUUCGAGAAAUAUCAUUAUUAAAAGAAAUGAAAGAUGAUAAUAUUGUUCGAUUAUAUGAUAUUAUUCAUUCUGAUUCUCAUAAAUUAUACCUUGUUUUUGAAUUUUUAGAUUUAGAUUUAAAAAAAUAUAUGGAAAGUAUUCCUGCUGGAGUUGGAUUAGGUUCAGAUAUGAUUAAAAAAUUUAUGAAUCAAUUAAUUAAAGGUAUUAAACAUUGUCAUUCUCAUAGAGUUUUACAUCGUGAUUUAAAACCACAAAAUUUAUUAAUUGAUAAAGAAGGUAAUUUAAAACUAGCUGAUUUUGGUUUAGCUAGAGCAUUUGGAGUUCCAUUACGUGCAUAUACUCAUGAAGUUGUUACAUUAUGGUAUAGAGCUCCAGAAAUUUUACUUGGUGGUAAACAAUAUUCAACUGGUGUUGAUAUGUGGUCAGUUGGUUGUAUAUUUGCUGAAAUGUGUAAUAGAAAACCAAUUUUUCCCGGUGAUAGUGAAAUUGAUGAAAUUUUUAGAAUUUUUAGAGUACUUGGUACUCCUAAUGAAACUACUUGGCCUGAUAUCCAAUAUCUUCCUGAUUUUAAAGAAAGUUUCCCUAAAUGGAAACCAAGAGAUUUACAAGAAGUUGUUCCUUCUUUAGAUGCUAAUGGUAUUGAUUUGCUUCAAAACUUUUUGAUUUAUGAUCCAAGUAAAAGAAUCAGUGCUAAGAAAGCAUUAUGCCAUCCAUACUUUAACUAG